CAGGUAAAGCUUUUUAUACCAAUCACCAUGACGAGACUCGCUGUCUUCCUCCCGUUGGUAUUGGCGGCCACCUUCGUCGCAGGUCAGGACCGCGUCCUGCCUCGUCUGCUCGACAAGUUCCCCAUCAGUCACCCUGCGUUCGUCCAGAUCUUUGAAACCGAGCAAACGGACGUUGAUCCUCUGGACAAGUUAACCCUCUACAUCUCGAACUUUGACGCUCUUGCCUUAUUCCAGAAUGAUGACAUCUACUACAAACGCUCUCCAGGCAGACAACUCAACGACGUGGCCAACUGGGCACCCACCCUUAUUGACCAAGAAAACCUCUGGCCUAACGACGUAAAUUUAAUGCCAAGCUCUGUUCUUGGUCGUGAGGGUAUCAUCUGGACUUCAGGUUUCAUUCCUCCUGGCAAGCAAAACGGAAAACUCAACAUUUACUUCACCGACGUCGAACCCUUCGAAGGACCCAUCAACAUCGCUUCCGCUGAUACCGAGGCAUUGUCUUACCACCGCGUCAUUUGGUACGACGUCGACCACGACGGCCUCCUCGACGCCAUAACCGCCAGGUUCCACUUGCGCAACGUCGGUGCCCCAAUUCUGGAACUGUUGUGGCUCAAAAACCCUGGCACUGCCAGCGCAGGUUGGGCCGAAAAAAUCAUAUUUGAAGAUGGCCCUGAUGUGCACUUCCGUCUCGCAACUCUUCAGGCCAACGGCGCCGACUUUUUGGUGCUGAUCAGCGCCAAUUUCUUCACCGAGAGACUCGCCAUCUACUAUGCGGCUGACGGCAGUGACAGUUUCCUCAGUGACCCUUCCACUCUGAUCGAGAGAGUGAUUGAUGGCGUGAACAUCGGCCAAGGUUUCGAUCUGGAGGUCGGCGACGUGAACUUGGAUGGCAGACUGGACGUCACUAUUUGCGGCUACAACCACUCUUUUGGAGGAAACGUUCAUGUCUUCCCCGUUCCCGACGACUUCAGGACCGACGAGUGGCAGAGAAUCACCAUCGCCGAAGGCUUCGUGCCCAAUAAUAUCAUCGGAGGCCAGUCAAUGUCUCCUGGCGCUCCGCACGCCUUCUACAAGGGGGUGCAGCACCAGCAGUCCGGUGACAAGCCUUACAUCUUUGUCUCCGGUGAUGAUGACGGCAAGCACUACAUCCUGGAACCCAACAGCCAGGACCCGAACGAUUGGUCUUACACUAAGCACCUGCUCAUUGACACUGGUGCUACCACUACUGGCAAAUACGCCAUUGCCGACCUUGACAAUGACGGCUACAACGAGAUCGUUGCCGCUGCCUUCACAGCUCAAGAGGUUUACGUCUUCACCUACGCUGAGUUCCCUUAAAUUUCAACUUAUUAAAGUUUUAAAGCAAAGCUCUUUAUUAUUGUUGUACCUUCUCAAGGUGUAUCAAAAUAAAAAGUUAAUU